CAGCCACUAGUCACAGCGCGGAGCGUGGAGCGUGCAACGUCGGGCGACCAUUUCCCAUUCCAUUUCAUUUCAAUAAUUUUAUAUCUUUUUUUUUGUGAUUUUGUCUCUGUGUACGUUUUCUGCUUUAAAUAAUAAUAGUAUUAUUAUUACUAUUAUUAUUAUUGCUGCUACUAUUAUUUUGUGCUGCUGCCGAAGCGCAUCGCUCGACGCUUGCCAGGCAAUUGUAUCAGUAUCGCGGCGGACAGGCAGCGACGAGCAUCCGCAGCAUCCGGAACAAAACAAGAGAUAAAUAAAUAACGAAAAAAAGCGAAGCAAAAACCAAAAAAAGCAAAAAAAAGUAUCGCGAGGCGCGCAUUAAAAAAUGUUUUGAGCUCAACGCUUCGAGUUCGUCUCCGUUUACCGUGGCAUCCGCCUACGCAAGUUGCCAACGCUCCGAGCUCUGUGUGCCCGUUGUGGCGUCUCGCAUCCCGGGUGUGCGUGUGUGUGUGUGUGCGUGUGUCUGAGUCUGAGUCUGAGUCUGAGUCUGAGUCCGUGUCCAUACACUUCUUUUGAUUUUUUUAUAUAUUUUUUUGCGUUUGCCUGUGUCGACUAGUUGGCUAGUUGUGAGUGUGUGCCCCACCUCAAUGGAGGUGCUGAAAAAAGAUGCCGCUGUGGGCUCGCCCAGCAGCGUCUUCUAUCUGCUGCUGCUGCCCACCUUGGUGCUCUGGUACAUCUAUUGGCGGCUGUCUCGCGCCCAUCUGUACAAACUGGCGGCACGACUGCCGGGACCGCGUGGCCUGCCCAUUGUCGGGCACCUGUUCGAUGUGAUUGGACCCGCUUCGUCUGUUUUCAAAACAGUCAUUCGCAAGAGCACGCCGUUUGAGCACAUUGCCAAAAUGUGGAUCGGGCCCAAGCUGGUGGUCUUCAUCUAUGAUCCGCGCGACGUCGAGCUGCUCCUGAGCAGCCACGUCUACAUUGACAAAGCAUCCGAAUACAAGUUCUUCAAGCCUUGGCUGGGCGAUGGCCUGCUAAUCAGCACAGGUCAAAAAUGGCGGGCUCAUCGCAAACUAAUCGCACCCACAUUCCAUUUGAAUGUCUUAAAGAGUUUCAUUGAAUUGUUUAACGAGAACUCGCGCAAUGUGGUGCGGAAGCUGCGUGCGGAGGAUGGACGCACAUUUGAUUGUCAUGAUUACAUGAGUGAGGCAACUGUGGAGAUUCUAUUGGAGACCGCAAUGGGCGUAUCGAAGAAGACGCAAGACAAGUCCGGCUUUGAGUAUGCCAUGGCCGUGAUGAGGAUGUGCGAUAUACUGCAUGCCCGGCAUCGCAGCAUCUUCUUGCGCAACGAGUUCAUCUUCACGCUGACCCGCUACUACAAGGAGCAGGGACGGCUGCUGAACAUCAUUCACGGCCUCACCACAAAGGUCAUACGCAGCAAGAAGGCGGCCUUCGAGCAGGGCACACGCGGCUCUCUAGCCCAAAGCGAGCUGAAGGCCGCCGCUCUCGAGCAGGAGGAGCGCGAGCUGCGCGAACAGCGAGAGCAACAGCUGUCCCAAGGGGCCCAACCCAAGCAGGAGCAAAGCGCUCCUGUUGCUGGCCUUUCCUACGGCCAGUCGGCGGGACUCAAAGACGACUUGGAUGUGGAGGACAAUGACAUUGGUGAGAAGAAGCGUUUGGCCUUCCUCGAUCUAAUGCUGGAGAGUGCCCAGAAUGGUGCACUCAUUACGGACACCGAGAUCAAAGAGCAAGUGGAUACGAUUAUGUUCGAAGGACAUGACACUACGGCCGCCGGAUCCUCAUUCUUUCUAUCGCUAAUGGGCAUACAUCAGAACAUACAGGAUCGCGUGAUUGCCGAAUUGGAUGGCAUCUUUGGGGACUCGCAGCGACCGGCCACAUUUCAGGAUACGCUGGAAAUGAAGUAUCUGGAACGCUGCCUGAUGGAAACGUUGCGCAUGUUUCCGCCCGUGCCGCUAAUAGCUCGCGAACUCCAAGAGGAUCUACAGCUGAACUCUGGACCCUAUGUCAUACCGCGUGGCGCUACUGUCACCGUGGCUACCAUUCUGUUGCAUCGUAAUGCCAAGGUCUACGCCAAUCCCAAUGUCUUCGAUCCGGACAACUUUCUGCCCGAACGCCAGGCGAAUCGACACUACUACGCCUUUGUGCCCUUCUCAGCAGGACCCCGCAGCUGUGUGGGUCGCAAAUAUGCUAUGCUCAAACUGAAGAUUCUCCUGUCGACCAUAAUGCGCAACUAUCGUGUCUACUCUGACCUCAGCGAAUCGGACUUCAGGCUGCAGGCGGACAUCAUACUGAAGCGGGAGGAGGGCUUUCGUGUCCGCCUACAGCCCCGACAGCCGGGACAGGCGACCACAGCUGGCAGCACGGCAGCAUCAUAAACUUAUGCAUAUAUUUUUUUGCAAGUGAUAGUCCCGGUCUAUACAGUAAUACUACAUACAUACAUACAUAUAAAGCAAGCUAAAAAAAUAUCAAUACACACACACAACACACAAACACACACACACACACAAAACAACUUGUUUAUCGUGGCAAUCUUCAAGCGCUGCAUUUAACAACCCACACACAGACACUCAAACAACAA